UGAACUUGGCGGUGACGGUCACACUCCAUCCGAGCGCGCAAGUAAUUUUUGUUUUGUUUGCAACGCUUUCCGAGGACUCAGCGGCGACCAUGAAGCGAACCAAGGACGAGGACAAGGAGGAGGCGCCGGCCCAACCGGCGGCGCACAACAGCAGUGCCGGCAGCAACGGCCACGAGGCCACAUCUCCCGUGGCCACCACUGCAUCGGCGGCCACUUCAUCCGCAGCCGUUUCGGAUGCUUCGAUACCAGGAGCCUCCGUUCGCACGACGGGCCGCGUCAAGAAACCCAAGCAGGUUUACGAUCCCUCGGACAACUAUGUGUCCCGGGCCAGCAGCAAUCGCAAUUCCCUCGGCGCAACAGGGGCAUCUUCAGCCGCUGCUGCUGCUGCUGCGUCCACCGGCAAUGUCCAGUCACCACCUGCCAAUGCAACUGCCAAGGAGACCAGCGAUUCGCAGGAGUCCACACCUAGUCCGGCCGUUUCGGAGCAGCAGGCGGCGCAGAAUCGCAACUUCGACACGUGCCAGAAGUGUGGCAAAAGUGAACCCAAACGCGGCUCCGGUCACAAGAGCAACUUCCUCACCUGCAAAGGAUGCAUGCAGAAAUGGCACUUUCCGUGUUUGCCGAUCAAUUUCCAGAACCAGAGCACGGCCCGCAAGAAGUACAAGUGCGAAAAGUGUCGCUACUGCCAGGUGUGCAACGUUAGGGGUCGGGAUCUGCCCAUUUGCAGUGUGUGCGUGGAGGCCUACCAUGCGGACUGCAAUGAUCCCACCAUCAAGCAAUUCAAAGUCGUCGAUACCAAUCCCAAGUGGAAGUGUUUCCGAUGCGAGGCGAGUAAUAGUGGCAAUAACACCAGCCCAUCCAGCGAGGAGCAGACGGGGGGCAGGAAGUCUAACGCAAGCCGCGACGACCCUCCAGUUGUGCCCAGGAAAUCGAAUGCCGGCAGGAAAAAGCGUGUCCAAUCCGAUCCCACUGGUCAAGAGAAGCCAGCGAAGAUUGAAAAGCUGGGGAAACGCAGUCCACUGCUGAAAGCGGACGAGAAAAAAGACAAGAAGGAGGAAAAGAAGGAGGCCAAAAAGGAGGAGCUGCGCGAACAACCAGCUGAGGUCAAGCUGGAGAAGAUAGAGAAGGAGGAGACGGUGGAUAUUGAGCCUGUACAGACGGAGAUUCAUGACCAGCCGGAGCAAAGUCAGGAAUCGUCUCCCGCACGUUUGACGCCACCUCCACCGCCACCGCCACCUGCAACUGCAGAAAGCCCUGUGGACAUAAAGGACCAGCCGGUAGCCACCUGGUCCGUGGAACAGGUUGUCGGCUUUGUUGCCCAGCACUAUCCAAAGGAGGCGAACGUGUUCCGAUACCAGGACAUCGAUGGCGCCUCCCUGCUGCUGCUCACCCGCCAGGAUGUGAUGAACGGAUUCGGCCUGAAGCUGGGCCCGGCGCUGCGCGUCUUCGAACUGGUGAUGUCCCUGCAGAGUCGCUCUGAUGACGUGAGACUCGCCUGGUUCGAGUAACGUCCCCACCUCGUUAGCACCUAAGGUCAUGCACCAUAUUGUAACUUUAAUUCAAUACUCUCAUCUGGAGCCAUCGCUCACCCGGUGGCAACACAUAAAGCUUAUAUUAAGUCUUCUGCCGGAUGACUUCAAUUUCGUUCCAGUUUUUAAGAUGUUCUGUAAUUCUACACCUGCAAAUGCACAUACUUUGUAAAUGAUAUCUGCUAUAUUUGCAAAAAAUUAUAUGACUUUUAUUUAAA